UGCAGGAUCCGAACCAGCAGCUGAUCCUCACUGACGCUGCGCUGCUGAGCCUGAUACCUGCCGACCCCAGCCCGUACCUGUCCAGGUGAGACAGGUGAGACCCCCCAGGACGACCAACGGCGAGGGAGCUGACGGCCGGAGGCGGAGUCAGACGCCGGAGGCGGAGUCAGACUCGGGAAGGGACACGAUGCCGCCUCUCUCCUCCUCCUCCUCCCUCUCCUCCCUGCUCUUCUUAUACAGCUGGACCACGAUGCUCCUGCUGCCUACAGCGGUUCUGGCGGGGGACCUGACGGAGCCGUGCGGGGGGCGGGACUGCACCACCUGUCGCUGUUUCCCGGCCAAAGGAGCCAGGGGCGGUCCGGGUUUUCUGGGUGAGCAGGGCUCCCAGGGGCCCCCGGGUUUCCCGGGCUCUCUGGGAAACCCGGGCAUGAAGGGCCGGAGAGGAGACGAGGGGCCACCAGGACCCCAGGGACCGAAGGGAGAUCUGGGUUCCGUCGGGGUUCCCGGGUUUCCAGGUUUCGAGGGCGUCCCGGGACACCCGGGAGCCGCCGGAGGGCCCGGUCUGCCGGGUCUGGACGGCUGUAACGGCACCAGGGGAGACUUGGGAGUUCCCGGUCUGCACGGGGAACAAGGAUUCCCCGGAGUUCAGGGGUUUCCAGGGCCGAAGGGAUACCCGGGCAGCCCGUCGUACUUCUACGUGCCGUACCCCGGAGAACCGGGAGACGCCGGGACCAGCGGAGUUCCCGGCCUGCCGGGGGAGCAGGGUCUCCGGGGGACGACGGGGCCCGUCGGCCCCGCGGGACUGGACGGAGUCAACGGAGUCCCCGGUUUACCUGGCUUCAGAGGUUCACCUGGGGAACGAGGCCGAUCUCUGCCCGGACAGAAAGGAGACGAGGGGGACCAGGGAGUCCAGGGGCCCCCGGGGCCCUUCGAGUACGUGGACCCCCCAGAAGACCUUUACAUCAAAGGAGAACAGGGUUUGCCGGGGCAGAAAGGGGGAUGUGGAGUCCCAGGACGGCCGGGCCUGGACGCCUUCCCCGGGAUCGAGGGAGAGAAGGGGAUUGUGGGAUUUCCUGGACCCAGAGGCAAUUCAGGUGAACCAGGUAUCCCUGGAGAGAAAGGUUUCCAGGGGAUGAGAGGAAGUCCAGGUCUCCCGGGUCUGAUUGGACAGGAGGGUCCGAAGGGCGUGAUGGGAGACCCGGGUCCCAAGGGCCUCCCGCGGAGCCUGGACAUCACACACACAGGUGACCCCGGGGAGCCCGGGGCCCCCGGACGGAGGGGCCCUCCGGGAGACAUCGGCUUCAUGGGACCUCGUGGCCCCCAGGGAGCUCCUGGUAGAGCCAUGACCGGACCAGCAGGUGGCGUCGGUCUCGAGGGACUUCCAGGAUCCAAAGGCGAUAAAGGAGAUCCAGGUCAGAUGAUUACGGAGCGACUGACACCUGGAGAACCAGGAAAACCGGGACGUCCUGGACUCCAAGGGCUGAAAGGAGAGCCGGGUGUCCCAGGAACUUACUGUCUCCCGGGACUCCCGGGACUGUCUGGAGAUCCGGGUCAACUGGGUCCUCCGGGGAGACCGGGCUUGGCCGGAGUUAAAGGUCAGUGUGGAGCCUGUUCCUGCGGACCUCCGUUGGACAUUAAAGGCCUCCCUGGUCCCGUUGGUUUCCGGGGGACUCCGGGAACCCCAGGAGACCCCGGGGCCCCGGGCCUGAGAGGAGACAAAGGUGUAUCCGGAGAGCGAGGACAGAGAGGUGAACAGGGUCUGCUGGGAUUUCAGGGCUUGAGAGGCUUUAAAGGUGAAAAGGGAAGUUUCAUCGUCAUGGAUACUCAAGGUCAGAAGGGGGACCCGGGCCAGCCGGGUCCGACGGGAAGACAGGGGUUCCCUGGAAGAAACGGACUCUUUGGGGCCCCGGGUGUCCCCGGAAACCGUGGUCUCCAGGGUGCCGGUUACUUCGGCUUCCCCGGAGACAGAGGCGUGCCGGGACUCCAGGGACAGAAGGGAUUGCUGGGACCUGCAGGACCUCCAGGACGGGGUGUGAUGGGAGCGCUGGGCCAGCGUGGAGUCCCUGGAAUCCCAGGACCCAUCGGGUUCCCUGGUAUUCCAGGACCAAAGGGGAUCAAAGGUGACACCCCACCCUGUGUAUCCAGAAACCUCGGCGCUGGGGGCGCAAAGGGAAACUCUGGCAGUCCAGGAUACCCGGGACUCCCGGGACCUUCGGGUUACCGCGGGAUCACGGGGUUGGACGGGCCUAAAGGAGACAAAGGAGAGAAUGGACUUCCUGGACAACCCGGGGAGCAAGGUCCUCCAGGGUUUGCCGGAGAUACAGGGAGUGAAGGACUUGAGGGCUUCAGUUUUCCCGGAGAACCAGGCCCUAAAGGAGAUCCUGGCCCUCCUGGACUCCCAGGGCCACGAGGGGAUUCUGAGGUGGGGUCCCUCGGACCUGCUGGCUUACCAGGACCUUUGGGGUUUCCAGGACCUAAAGGAGUUCCUGGCCCUCCAGGCAGAAGUGGAGAACCAGGAGUCCAGGGUCGGCCUGGAGGUUGUGGUUCCAAGGGCCGAAGAGGACGCAACGGGGCCCCGGGUGUUCCUGGGGCUCCCGGACCCUCACCUGUCCGGUGUGGAGCAGGAAGGUCUGGUGGGCGGGGCCUCCCCGGCCCUCGGGGACCGAUCGGACCACCAGGGAUUUGUGGUCAGAAAGGUGACGUUGGGAUUCAGGGUUACGCCAGCUCGGGGCCCCCGGGCACCGCUGGUAAACCGGGCACUCCGGGUCUCCCUGGGUACUCUGGACCUGCGGGGGUCCCGGGCCCCACCGGAGAUCAGGGCUCGCUGGGUUCCUGCGGUCAGAAAGGUCUGACGGGGCCCCAGGGCCGCGAUGGAGAGCCCGGUCCCUCGGGACUGAACGGGAGUCCAGGGUCCCCAGGGAGAACGGGGGAACGAGGCCAACCGGGGCUAGACGGCUACCACGGAUGUGAAGGAGCGCGGGGGCAGAAAGGGCCCAUCGGGGACCAGGGGCCCCCCGGAGACGUCAUCUGUAUCCCCAUCAAAGGCCCGCGAGGAACGCAGGGACUCCCGGGGAUCAGCGGGUUCACCGGCCCCCGAGGAAGUAAAGGAGAGCGAGGAGCUAGCGGAGAUCCGGGGUCCCCGGGCUCCAGCGGAGCUCCGGGUCUCAAGGGAACUCAAGGACCUCCAGGACUGUUUGGAGCUCCGGGAGCUCCAGGACCUCCUGGACUUCAAGGACCCAAAGGAUACGUGGGCUUCCCGGGACCCAAGGGAGAACUGGGCGGUGCAGGAUGUCUCGGCCAGCCGGGACACCCCGGUUACCCCGGAGGUCCAGGUCCUAAAGGGGAUAGAGGAGAUUCUACUGGGUGUCCUGGUCUCCCUGGAGACAAGGGCCCCUCUGGACUCGUGGGGCCCCUAGGUUCUCCUGGACCCCCAGGACCGACCGGAGAGAGAGGUUAUACAGGCGCUCCGGGACAGAAGGGAUGUAAAGGACACCCUGGUCUCCGUGGAGACCUCGGUGGAUCAGGUGUGAUCGGUCCACCGGGUCCCCGGGGACAUCCGGGGGACGUGGGUCUUCCUGGGGAAGCAGGUCCAGACGGACCAGCGGGACUCCUGGGUUGCCAGGGACUACCAGGUUCUCCUGGUCCGCUGGGACUGGAUGGACUGAACGGCCUGAAAGGAGUGAAAGGCGACAUGGGAACUAGAGGUCUGAGUGUGACCGGUAAUCCCGGCUGCACCGGUCGUCCCGGAGAUAAAGGUCCUCCCGGUUGUCCAGGUCCUGCUGGAACAUCCCAGCCCGGCCCGCCGGGCCCCCGAGGCCCCCAGGGGCCCAAAGGACCUCCAGGGGCCUGUGGACCUGCAGGUCUGCCCGGGUCGGAGUGUAAGAGUCCAGUUCCCGGUUCCUGUGGGGAUCCGGGCUGCCAAGGCCCCAAAGGAGAGAGAGGCUGCCCCGGUGCCAUGGGGGAUCCGGGUCAGAACCCUCCGGUUCCCGGGGAUUGUGGGGACAACGGAGAUCCGGGGUGUCCCGGAGCGAAGGGCCUACAGGGACCCCAGGGGCCCGCCGGAGAGACGGGCCACCCUGGAUACUGCGGAGCCAAAGGUGAGCGGGGCGACAGCGGCCUGCUGGGCGUCCCCGGCCCUAAGGGCCUCCGGGGCCACGACGGCCCCCGCGGGUGCUCCGGACCCAAGGGCUUUCCUGGACCAGCGGGCCUGAAGGGGGAGAAGGGCCGGGUGUCUCCCUGCCCGCCUCGCCCCCCGGCGGAGGCCGGAGACCCGGGGUGUCCCGGACCCCCCGGUCCACCCGGAGGGCCCGGUCUGCCUGGACAGAACGGACAGUGCGGGGAGAAAGGUGCCAAGGGCCCGCCCGGCCCUCAGGGCCAGAUCGGCUGCGUGGGGCCCCAGGGGCCCGUCGGGGACCGAGGAUAUCCAGGCCGGGACGGGGAACGAGGAGCGGCAGGAGAAUACGGUGCUCCGGGGCCGACGGGCGAGCGAGGUUGUCCCGCCCAAAACCAGAGAGUGAACCUGGGCUUCCUGCUGGUGAACCACAGCCAGUCCACGCAGAAACCCACCUGUCCGCCCAACAUGAGGAUCCUGUGGACCGGAUACAGCCUGCUGUACCUGGAGGGCCAGGAGAAGGCCUACACCCAGGACCUGGGCCAGGCCGGCUCCUGCGUGCGGUUCUUCUCCACGAUGCCGUUCUCCUCCUGCAACCUGAACGCCUGCUCGUACGCCGGCCGCAACGACAAGUCGUACUGGCUGUCCACGUCGGCGCCGCUGCCGCGGGCCCCGGUGGAGGGGCCCGACAUCGGCCGCUACAUCAGCCGCUGCGUGGUGUGCGAGGCGCCCUCCCCCCCCCUGGCCCUGCACAGCCAGACGGACACGGAGCCGCUCUGCCCCCCCGCCUGGACCAGCCUGUGGACCGGCUACUCCUUCCUCAUGCACACGGGCGCGGGCGACGAGGGCGGCGGCCAGUCGCUGACGUCGUCGGGCAGCUGCCUGAGCCAGUUCCGGGCCCAGCCCUUCGUGGAGUGCCAGGGCCCGCGCGGGACCUGCCACUACUUCGCUAACAUUUACAGCUUCUGGCUGACCAAGAUAAGCCCCGCCCCCUCCGCUAACGGCGCCAACGGCGCUAACGGCGCCAACACGCUCACCGGGGACCGCCAGCAGAGGGACAACGUCGCCCGGUGCAACGUCUGCAUGAAGAUCUGAGACGGCUCCUCCCCCUUUCCCCGAGGGGGCGGGGCUUCGCCGGGAAGGGGCGUGGUCUCUCAUCUUCCUCCUGAAAGGACGGCGACGCUUCGCCGCCGUCGCCACGGCGACGGACAGGACCUUUCUGUCUCUGUGAGGAGAGACUGUCACGACCCGAUCAAUCAGCCGCCAAUCAGCCAAUCAAUCAGCCAAUCAAUCAGCCGAUCAGUCAGCCGAUCAAUCAGCCAAUCAAUCAGCCGAUCAAUCAGCCUCCAAUCAGUCGAUCAAUCAGCCAAUCAAUCAGCCGAUCAAUCAGCCUCCAAUCAGUCGAUCAAUCAGCCGAACAAUCAGCCAAUCAAUCAGCCGAUCAGUCAGCCGCCAAGCAGCCGAUCAAUCAGCCUCCAAUCAGUCGAUCAAGCAGCCAAUCAAUCAGCCGAUCAAUCAGCCUCCAAUCAGCUGAUCAGUCAGCCGAUCAUUCAGCCUCCAAUCAGUCGAUCAAUCAGCCGAUCAAUCAGCCGAUCAGUCAGCUGCCAAUCAGCUGAACAAUCAGCCGAUCAUUCAGCCUCCAAUCAGUCGAUCAAUCAGCCAAUCAUUCAGCCGAUCAUUCAGCCGCAAAUCAGUCGAUCAAUCAGCCGCUAACAGUUUCUUCUUCACAAAUCACUACUCCUAAAAGUACAACAAUAUCCAAAACUUACUCAAGUAAAUGUAACUUGUUACUACCAGCUCUGAUAAAUAACAGACCAUAAUAAUUCAUAUUAUAAAAAGAAUAUUUUUAAUUGUGUUGUUAAUUGUACUUAGCUUAGCCAAGAGCAGGCAAGCUCGUGCUAACCUAGCGUUGGCUAAACGCAGCCGCCAUUUUCUGAUUUUUACCGGGGAAUCGAUGUUUAAAAGCAGCAGCUCCUGUAGCCGAUGAUUUGAUCGGAGUGAAUAUAGAUUAAUUUUAAUUAGCAUCGUAAGCUAGAUCAGCUAAAAUAACUAGCUGUGAUUGACAGGAGGUGGGCGUGGUCGCCCCGCCCAUUUGCAACAUGACGGAGUUGGUCCGGUCGAUUUAACGUCUGUGACGUCGGCCGUUAGCCGUUAGCCGUUAGCCGUUGCCACGGACUACGAGACCACGUGGACCAAUCACAUCUGUUGAAAUUGAGCCGAUGUGUUUCUUUCAAACGUGAGGCUACGUUGGGUUUAUGACCGGAUUCUUGUUCGUCUGGUGUCCAAGUUGUUAUUUUUUUGUUUGUUUUUCUUCUACUCAAACAAUAUAUUUAUCCCUGUAUUAUAAAUGUAAUGGACCACGAAUAUGGAAAUAAUAUCAAAACACAGUUAUAUAAUCUGACCACAAGCAAGAAUAAUAAUAAUAAAUUUUAUUCAUAAUGCACUUUACAUUCCUGAGAAUCUCAAAUUGCUACAGUUUGAUAAUUAAAAAGGAAACAGAAAUAAUAAAAUCAAGGUAAGCGAUAAAAGGGAUAAAAAGUCAUGACAUGGGUAAAAAGAGAAUAAAACAAUUAAAAAGCAACUAGGGAAAAAAACAACGGCAUUGUUUAGUGGUAAAAUGCUUUGCUAAAAAGAAAGGCAAACAGCGCUCUCGCCAGACGGAUCUUUACCUCGUACUUGAUCAACAGCUUAACUGGAAAAUUGUUUUUUCAUCAUUUUAUUAAUUUCACCAACAGAAAUAAUGAGGUGUUUCGUCCGCUGUCCAGUCGUCCGGCGGCUCGUCCGUUUGUCGGUGCUUAUCCAGUUUCAGUUUUCGUAAAAUUAGGCCUGAGAAAGGUUUUCACUUUUGCAAGAAGCAAAAUUAACUUUUUUUUAAAAACUUUGUUCAUCUUGUUGUCAAUUUUGUUGCAGAUUCGAUGUGUAGAUAAUAAAGUACUAGAAUCUCCGCCCGGUCGUCGGUUUAGUUUAGUUUUAGUCUCUUCUUUUCUUUUUUUUCCAAAUUUCUGAAGUUUAUUUUAAUUUUUUUUUUUAUUUGAUCGGACCACCAAAAUGUGU